UCAACCUCCAGUGCUUUCCAGGUGAGGGGACGGCCAGACUGCCGAUCCCACCGACCCCCGCGCGCGCGCGCCCGCCGCAACCUCGCUCCUCAACGUCCAGGGCGCUCUGGGCAGAAAAAGCCCCUGCCCAAGGUGAUUCUCAAUUCCUUACUAGACUCUUCCCCCGAGAACUUUUGGGUGGAGGCAUUGACUUUUUUUGGUGGCAGCUGCUCAGGGGAGCGAGGAGGAGGAGAAAGUGAAAUUUGAAGGAGAAGAGCGACUCCUUGUUUUUCCGACGUCUCAUCACUUCUAGGAAGUUAAAGAAAGUUGUUGGAUGUGGUGACAGCCGAGAGGGGCGCAGGACUUCUUUACAGGUGGAGAUAGUCCACCGCCUGUUCGGUCGACCCCUCCCGCUUGCAUGUGUGCGCCGGCGGCGGCACGCGGUGAGUGGUUCGGCGAGUGGCGUCUCAGCCGCGACCCAAGUGAAUGGCCCCCAGGGACUGUGCGGGGCCUCCGCCUCCGCCGCCUCCGCCUCCGCAUGCCUGGGUCUGGCCGGGAAGGAUGCUAGCCAUGGGGGCGCUGGCAGCCUUCUGGGUCCUCAGCCUCCUCACCUACGGUUACCUGUCCUGGGGCCAGGGCUUGGAGGAGGAGGAGGAAGGGACCUUGCGAGCUCAAUCUGGAGAGAGACCAGAGCCCAGCACAACGGCCACCUCCCAACCCCAUCUCGUUUUCAUCCUAGCGGAUGAUCAGGGAUUUAGAGAUGUGGGUUACCACGGCUCGGAGAUCAAGACUCCCACUCUUGACAAGCUCGCAGCCGAAGGAGUUAAACUGGAGAACUACUAUGUCCAGCCUAUUUGCACACCGUCCAGAAGUCAGUUUAUUACUGGAAAGUAUCAGAUACACACCGGACUUCAACAUUCUAUCAUAAGACCUACCCAACCCAACUGCUUACCUCUGGACAACGCAACCCUACCUCAGAAGCUGAAGGAGGUUGGCUAUUCAACACAUAUGGUUGGAAAAUGGCACUUGGGUUUUUAUAGAAAAGAAUGUAUGCCCACCAAGAGAGGAUUUGAUACCUUUUUUGGUUCCCUCUUGGGAAGUGGUGAUUACUAUACACACUACAAAUGUGACAGUCCUGGGAUGUGUGGCUAUGACUUGUAUGAAAAUGACAAUGCUGCCUGGGACUAUGACAAUGGCAUCUACUCCACACAGAUGUACACUCAAAGAGUUCAACAAAUCUUAGCUUCUCAUGACCCCAGAAAGCCUAUAUUUUUAUAUAUUGCCUAUCAAGCUGUUCACUCACCACUGCAAGCCCCCGGCAGGUAUUUUGAACACUACAGAUCCAUUAUCAAUAUAAAUAGGCGGAGGUAUGCUGCCAUGCUUUCCUGCUUAGAUGAAGCAAUCAACAAUGUGACCCUGGCCCUGAAGACAUAUGGUUUCUAUAACAACAGCAUUAUCAUAUACUCUUCAGAUAAUGGCGGCCAGCCCACAGCAGGAGGAAGUAACUGGCCUCUCAGAGGUAGCAAAGGAACAUACUGGGAAGGGGGCAUUCGGGCUGUCGGAUUUGUGCAUAGUCCACUUCUGAAAAACAAGGGAACGGUGUGUAAGGAGCUUGUGCACAUCACCGACUGGUACCCCACUCUGAUUUCAUUGGCUGAAGGACAGAUUGAUGAGGACAUUCAGCUGGAUGGCUAUGAUGUCUGGGAAACCAUAAGUGAGGGCCUUCGUUCACCGCGGGUGGAUAUUUUGCACAACAUUGAUCCCAUUUAUACCAAGGCAAAAAAUGGCUCGUGGGCAGCAGGCUACGGCAUCUGGAACACUGCCAUCCAGUCAGCCAUCAGGGUGCAGCACUGGAAACUGCUUACAGGAAACCCUGGCUACAGUGACUGGGUUCCCCCUCAGUCUUUCAGCAACCUGGGGCCCAACCGGUGGCACAACGAACGAAUCACCUUGUCGACCGGCAAAAGCGUAUGGCUCUUCAACAUCACAGCUGACCCAUAUGAGAGAGUGGACCUGUCUCACAGGUAUCCUGGAAUCGUGAAGCAGCUCCUACGGAGGCUCUCGCAGUUCAACAAAACUGCAGUGCCUGUCAGGUACCCCCCCAAAGACCCCAGAAGUAACCCUCGGCUCAAUGGAGGAGUCUGGGGACCAUGGUAUAAAGAGGAAUACAAGAAAAAGAAGCCAAACAAAAAUAAGGCUGAGAAAAAGAAGAAGAAAAGUAAGACAAAGAAGAAACAGCAGAAAGCAGGUUCAUUUCCAAAUUGCCGUUCUGGUGUUUGCCAUCACCGUGGAUAAGUACACAUUUUUUCCUGUCUGGUUAAACUUAAGUCAGUCUUAGUCAAGACUUUUUAGCUGUUUUCUAGGUAAACCAGCAAAUCUGGCUCAAUAAUAUCACCACCAUAACACCAGGCUUAUUUUCAUGUGUUGGCCACAGGGAAAACAGGGCUAUUCAGUGCCAAAGGUGCUACCCUUGCAAGCCACACUUGGAGGAGAAUGGAGAUGUUUAUUUCUUUUGCUCCUUUGUGAAAGUGCUCAUUAAGGAUUUCAGCUGUUGUGUUUCAGUCAACAGACCAAACACUUGCUUUAAACUGCAAUCCAUGAAUAUGUUAAUUUGAUGGAAGUUACAGGGUAGCAUGAUGAAAACUAUACCUUUCAUCAAGUACAAAGGUUGCCUCACCUCAAAAGGCCUUGAAAAGUACUUUUUCUUAGUGAAUUAUUGUAUCUCCAUCUUAUGAUACUUGGGUUUUUUAAAUUAAUUCCAUUUCAUGUAUCAUUUCCUUUCCUGUGAAAAUAAGCUGUUUCCUCCUGUGUAAACAGCUUGCACCUCAUUUUAUCACACAUGAGGGAAUGGCAAAUAAGAAUGUUUGAGCACACUGCCAAAACGUGAAUGUAACUAUUUUCUAAACACUUUAACAGAAUGACAUUUCAACGUAAAGUACAUAAUUUAUUUUACAGAAAAAAUAUUAAUUAUUUUGUUUUCAUAAAAAGUUAGACAAAUUACUUUUAUUUUUAUUUUCUAUACACUGUUAGAAGUUUAUUUCAUAUCUUCAAGAUUACCAAGCACUGUACUACUAUAAAUUACUGUAAUACUGUGUGAAUUCAUAGAAUAUAAAAAGAAAAUAAGUCAGAAAAAAUGAUAAUCAUCAUUGUUCAACCAUUAUUUUGAAUGUAAAAAGAUGAAGAUAUUCCUUACAGAUUACUUGGAAGUUCAGUGUUGUACGGGGUUGAGAGACAACUUUAUUGUUUCUAUCAUAAACACUUUAUUUGUCUUUAUUAUUAAAAUGACUUAUUUUACAGCACUAGCAAAUUUAGUGUGGUUUUCCUGAUCUAGUUUCUAGAUAAAAUUGUAUUACAACAAAAAUCUUUACAAAUAGGCAAUUGAAGGUAUGAUUUUCUAACAACCAUAUUAUUUAUAUAUAAAAAUAUAUAAAUAUAGAAAAUAUAUAUGUAUUUUAAAUAUAUAAAUAUAUAAAAUAUAUUUGUAUAUUAUUUAUAAUAUGGAUUUUGCAAAUAAGAGGUGUUUCCGCUUGGCUAUUUCAUAGAGAAAAAUGUUAUUUUGUUAAUCUAUAACAUUUAUAAUGAUCCUACUCUUACACAAAGUAGAUACGGUGGGGAUGUGAUUUUAAGUUCUCUAUUAAUGACCAUAACUUUUUCGAUGGAAAUAAAUUAGCCCACAGUCUUCUAUCUGGAAAUGGCUUCACAGAUGUUGUUCGCUAUUUGUAAGAAUACCUGCCACCUGCACAUGGUCCUAGGUAGACUGUGAUUUAAGAGAAGUCUCUCUUGCAGGGCACCUGGGUGACUCAGUUGGUUAGGUCAUGCUCCUGGACUCUCUGCUCAACAGGGAGUCUGCUUCUGCCCCUCCCCCUGCUCAUGUGCUGUGCUUACUCUCUCUCUCUCUCAAAUAAAUAAAAUCUUUUUUUUUUUAAGUCUAUCUUGCCCCUUAAAAAACUAAAGUCUAACAUAAUAGUCAUCUAUAAAUAAUGAUCAAAAAUAUUUUCCCAAAAUGCUUUCAGCAAACCUCUAGGUAUUUCAAGACAUCCAGGAAGGGAAAUCCUCUACAGUUGACUUUCAUGCUCUAAUCAUUAAAACUGUGUUAAUACUGGACAUUUGGUCUCAGGUGUCAUUCUCCUAAACUAUGAUUCUCAGGCUGCAUUUCUAGAGCUGUCUGUGGCUCUUUCAACUGUAAACUGCAGCUCUUUAAAACCUCUGAUCCUUUUACCAGGAGACCAAAAGAAAGUCCUGGACUGAAAAAUAAGUUUCCCACUAGUUUUGUCAGAAAACAGUUUGUGGAUAUGGCUAUGCAUCUUGGAUGAGAAAGGAUAUAAAACAGUUAAUUCGAAUAAAAAAGCAACAAACCCUUAUAGUCCCUUUCCAGUGAAAACAUCCACCCCAGGUCUGUCAAGUCUACUAAAGGAGUUGUUUCAUCUAUAUUUACAUACUCUUACUUCCCUUUUCAAAAAAUUGAGUGAAUGUUACAGUUUUCUUGACCAGGCCCUUUUUGAAAAUCUGAAGGAUAGAGAAAACACUGUGCCACUGACAGUUGAAUAAAUAUACAGUAAAUACACUUUAGCAUUUGCUAUUCCAAGGUCCAUGAAUUUGGCAUCAGGAUUAGCUUAUUAAGCAUUUUAUUCAUAGGAUUCUUGAGCACCCAAAUUGUGAAUUUGUCAGUAGCCAUCAGAAUAGAUGUUGGCAGAAAGAUAUACAUUCAUUCAACAAAUAUUUAUUAAAUUCUACUCUUUGUCAGGUAAAAUUCUAGGGGCUUGGGAUGUAUCAAUGAACAAAAUGAAUAAAAAUUCUUACCUUUGUGCAAGUUAUGCUCUUGCCAAGUUAGGCAGACAAUAAAUAAUGAACAUAACUAAUAAGCAAAUUAUAUACAUAGUCUCCCGCCUUAGCCACAAUUUUGCUUUCCGUGGUUUCAGGUACUCCAAGUUCACUGUAGUCCGGAAGUAGGUGAUCCUCCUUCUGUAUCGUCAGGUCACUUGUUGCCAUCCCAAUGCCUGUGUCAUUCACCUUGCUUCAUUUCAUCACUUUGGGAUCACAAGAAGGCUGAGUUCAGUACAAUAAGAUAUUUGAGAGAGAGAGAGAAACCACGUUCAUGCAACUUUUAUUACAGCAUGUUGUUAUAAUUGUUAUUUUUUAUUAGUUAUUGCUGCUAAUCUCUUACUGUGCUUAAUUUAUAAAUUAAGCUUUAUCAUAGGUAUGUAGGCAUAGGAAAAAAAUAUAGUAUAUAUAUAGGGUUAGAUAUUAUCCGCAGUUUCAGGCAUCUGGAGGUCUUGGGACUGCUGUAUAUAUGUACUAUAUAAAGUAAUAUGAAAAGGAAAAAGUAUAUCAGGAAAAGGGGAGGAUUCAUUCAAUGCCAAGUUUAUCCACCCAUUUAUUCAACAUUUGUGAAGUGCCACAUGUAAUGGUAUCUGCUAGGGUCUGGUGACAAGUAUCAUCAGACAGAGUUCCUGCCUUCAGGUCGUGUACAUUCUCCUGGGAAACAUACACAAAUCAAAUUGACAUCCUCAUCUCCCCCACACUUCUUCCCUGAUUGAUCUCUCUCCGUAGCACUUCUCACCCUUUAAUAUAGUUCAUAUUUUACUUACAUAUUUUCUUUAUUCUCCUGACUCUUCCCUCUAGAGUGUAAGCUUCUUAAAAGUGGUUUAUGUCUGGGGCGCCUGGGUGGCUCAGUCGGUUGAGUGCCUGCCUUCAGCUCAGGUCAUGAUUUCAGGGUCCUGGCAUCAAGCCCUGAGCAGGGAGCCCGCUUCUCUCUCUCUCCCUCUGCCUCCCCACCAGGUUGUGCUCUCUCACUCACUCUCUCUCAAAUAAAUAAAUAAAAUCUCUUUUUAAAAAAGUGGUUUAUGUCUGUUUACAUCUGCUUCAUCAGUGUAUAAAGCAAUACCUGGCUCAUAGUCAGCGUUCAAUAUAUAUUUUUUGAAUGAAUAAAUAAAAUAAUCACGU